AUGGCAGAUUUUCCCUCGCUGCUCGGCCAUGUUGAUGAGUGCAUGGAGCAGCGGGCAUCCUUACUCAGCGCACUACGCGCGAAGCUCGACAAUGCUGACACAAAGCAGCAGCUUCCGCUGCCAAGCGACGAUGGCCCGGUGUUGCUCAGCCUGGCCGAGGAGAUAGAAGAAGCGGAGGUCCCAACUGCGCCCACUCUUGCCGUCAUCGACGUCGAUGACGAGGAGCCGAGUCCGCCGGCUGCAGCGGGCGAUGCGGGAGCGGGCGAUGCGUUCUCUGAUGUCAUGGCUCAGCUGGACAGAGGAUUGGAUGCCCGGCAGCAGAUGAUUGACGCGCUCAAAGUGCAGCUCAGCAAGUCUGCCGCUCUGCCCAAAGCCAAGACUGGGCCGAGAACCUUUCCUGAGGCGCCGAGGCCUGCAGGGCGGCCUGGGCCUGUCUUUGCUUCUCCAUCCAUAACCGCUGCUUCGGGAUACGGAGCUGUGGGAGCUGUGGCUGUGGCUGUGACACAGCCACAUCUGCAGCCACGGCUCUUGCAGGUUCCCCAACUGCUGCCGCAAGUGCAGCUGCAGCAGGUGCAGCCACCACAACCCAUGCAGACGCCGCUCCAGUCUUUCCCCAACCCGGGGAUCACAAAUCGUGGAGUGCCGCUCCCCGGCCCAGGGGAGCCACCUCUGAAGCGGCCCAGAUCAGGUGCCGCUGGCGCAGUGCCUUUUCCUCAGCGAGCUCCUGAACAACAGGACUUCGCAGCUAAAGAUGCAGAGCAGGCCGCGCUGGCUGCCAGGAAAGCGCAGAUGCUGAGAAAUCUGGGUGCGAACGUCUCCGAGCAGACCGGAGCACAGGGGCUUCCCCAAGCUGGCUUCACGCCUUCCGUCCCAGAACCACCUCCAGGCACAUCGCCCGAGGAGUUUGAAGCAUAUCGUCAGCAGUGCUGGCGAGAAUACUACCAGUGGUGCAAGAUUUGGCAGAAGUACUAUGACCAGAGCAAGGGAAAAGCCAAAGGUCGUGGUGCGGGCCCGGGGCACUCUGUGGCCUCCCACCAGGGCCCCAACGGCAAAGGCCAUGGCGGCCCUCAAGCAGCUCACGGGAAGGGGAGGUCGGCAGUCGGUGCACAGGCUCCCCGGCCUUCUGUGGAGGACGACAUCCACAGCCAACUGCUGGGCCUGUGA